AUGACUCGGUAUUCAACCGAUCCCGAGAAUCCAACGAAGUCGUGCAAAGCACGAGGCUCAAACCUCCGCGUGCACUUCAAGAACACGCACGAAACAGCUGUGGCCAUUAAAGGCAUGCAUAUCCGCAAGGCCAACAAGUACCUGAAGGAUGUAGUUGCUAAAAAACAGAUCAUACCUUUCCUCAGAUUCAAUGGUGGUGUUGGUCGUAAAGCUCAGGUAUGCUCCAUCUGUAUGUUUAUUCAAGAAACCAUUAAUAAAAAGGGAAAGACCUAUUUUUUUAACCUCCUUUGGCCAUCCUUUUUCUUUUCUUGUUUAACAUGGAUUGGGUCAGUCGGUCGGUCGGUCAGAUGGAAAAAAAAAAAAUCUUGGCAAGAAAGCUGGGAUUAGAGGGCCAGGGGCCCGUUUCUUGAAAGUCCCGGUAACUUUACGGGCCCGCAAUCAAAUAUUCAAAUCGAAAUAUAAAGAAUAAGAGCGCGGGUCCUGGCUAGCAGACUACUCCAUUUUGUUUCACUAACUGAUAGUUUUAUCAUGCUAGAUACAAAACUAUUGAAACCUCGAUCCUUAAUGUAAACGGAGACAGCUUACCGGGCCCGUUAAUUAUCGGGACUUUCGAGAAACGGGCCCCUGGUACCCCAACAUAGUAGCGAGCCUGGAAAUAAUAAACAUGGUCACAAAAUCAAUAUGGCGGAAAUUGCGAUGGUCAUUGUCAUAGAUGGAGAAAGAUGGAAGAGAAAAAAAAGGGGUGGCCUUUGGGUUCAGCUAUUCUAUAAAGGAUCGAUAUGGCUGUCAGCUGAUAAAAACAGCUAAUGUGUUGUGAAUAGCUUCCAAGAUCUUAACAAAAACAGACAUAUGAGAACUGUCACUAUCCCUUUUAAUGCUCACUGAUCAAAAACCAAUUGCACAAGAUCCUUUUCUUCUUACACCUAGGCUAUUUUUAUCUAAAAUUACAGAGUAAACUGAGAAGCUAUCUGUUAACAGAUCUGCUUAGAGUUCAUUUAGUAACGCAAGCGUCACACAUUCACUUUAGUUCUCAACAGAUGUUUCACAGGGGCGUAGUUACCUGUACGCAUGGUACGCGCUUGUGAUCUGAAAAAGUUGAGGCAAGAGAACAUAAAGGUCCUUUAUGUUCUCUUGGUCGUGGGUAAAUAUAAAAUAAAAAGAUUAUAACAAAAAUAAGCAAGAGAAGAUAAUUAUUUCAUAAAGCUCAGCUUUCCCUUUUUGUUAGGUCAUGUGCAUUAGUUUUUAAAACUUACCAAAUAACCUGGAACAAUUUUACAGCAAUUCAGAAGAGUUCAAGUUGUUCUAAUGCAAAUUUGUUUGUUUACGUUGCUGUCAUAGGCCCUUUUAUCGAUAGAGUUUUACAAAUGUAUAUUAAAGGGAUGAUCCACUCACUACUUACUGUACAUUUACAGGCUGCUUUAUGCCACAGUCAUAAUAGCCAGAUUUUGUUGGACAAUAGUGUCAGAGCAAAGAGAUUAGAGACCUUUAGUUUUUAAGACGAGUACAACAACGAGUUCAAGAUUUGACUUGGAGCUUUUAUGUGUAUUCUCAAAAAAUAGACUCCCCAGAACGCUUCGUUUUACAAUUUUUCACGAGAAAAGUUAGCUAUGUUACCUUUAGUGAAGGAGUGAAGGAGGUUACAUCCUCUCCUGAUUGCAAAAUGAUAAAACUUCCAAAACAUUUGAUAACUUGUUUCCGCCACCUCAACAUUCUCACUAAAACUCAUAGUAGAGUGAUGACAGCUACCACAUUUUCCCACCAAAAUGACACUGGUUCAUGUGCAAGCACUACUAGGACUAAGAAAAUCUUGUACCUGUUGUUGUACUCAUCUUAGAAUCUAGAGGUCCCUAUUUUUCAACAACCACGUCAACCAGAAGUGGACAUCUUACCUUCUUGGGCAAUGCUGUCGUUCAAAUUCUCAGGCAAAUUAUCUCUGUAAGAGUAAAGACACUAAGCAAGAUAAAAUUGGUAUCGUCAAGGCAAAAUAAAGGGGAAAAGGCCCCUCUUCUGGUUGACAUGGGUGGCUCUAAAACAUCUUUGCUCUUUAAGUUCCCUAUUAUAAGAGUGCCAACUUCUCGGCAGCGCUACUUACAAAAAUUAGGAAUGAAACUGAAAAAAAGAAAGGAGUUUACAAGAUGGAGUAUUCCCAAUACAAUCCCUACCUACCUACUUUUUUAUGUACCUCCUUACUCACUUAUUCACAUCCUUACUUCCAGUUGUAAAUACUUCCUUCCUUACUUACCUAUCUGCCUGCCUGCCUUCCUGCCUGCCUACCCAUCCGCUCUAUUACCAUUUUUCUGUACCUAUUAAUGGUUACCACUAGAAUAGAAAGGAAUUUAUUCAGUACAAGACUAUGCUGUAGUAGUGCCUGGUUACCCCUGGCACCUAACUUUUGUUCCCUGGAUGGCAAGUAGAAAAUUUAAGUUUUUUCAUAGCAGUCAUAGGCUGGGGACCCUUGAUUUCACUGGGUCAAAGCACUGGGCUUCCUCAAGUUUUGUUAGAGCUCAGCCUUGUGGUGUUUGUUUGACGUAACAAAAACCCUGCUGAUCGAGAAACCAUUAAUUACUUUUAGGCCAAGAAUCAUAAAGCCCCAGGAUCCCAGGGACGAUGGCCAAAGAAGAGUGCUGAGAUUCUUCUUCAGCUUCUCAAGAAUGCUGAGAGCAAUGCCGAGUUCAAGGUGAGUGUACAAUGUAGGUUUCAGGUCAAUACAGUGGAACCCUGCCUUCGGGCCACCUUGGUAAUACUGUCACCUUGUUAUUACAGCUACUUUUGUUUGGCCACCUGGGAAAAUGGCCAUACAUUUUCAGGGUGUUCAUUAGGCAUCAGAGAUUGGAGAAUUCUCCAUUUACUGUGCAGAAUUCUCUGACUAACGUUUGGUAGCUUAUGACUAUUUUUUAUUCCGACAUAGAGCCUCUUUCAUGAUAUUCUCCUGUAACGUUACACCUUUCUCCUGCUACUAGGAAUCUUAAUGAAAACCCUGCAUUUUUUAUAAAAAAAACCCUUGUUAAUACGGUCUCCCAUUAAGAUGGCCAAAUUUUUUCGGCCCAUUGGUGACCGUAUUAAGGGGGUUCCACUGUAUAUAUUUUGCACUGAAAUGAAGUUUUGUACUUGGCAUACUCAUGCACUCUUACUUUCAUUGACCUUUACUUGUGGACAAGCUAUUCAUUUAGUUUGUAAGUUUUCUUUCCGUGCAUCGUUAAGUCUGUUUUUUUGUACCAUCCACUGGAACCAUAAAAAUGUUCUUUUCUUGACAUGUGCAUUCUAUUUUUCUCCAGGGAUUAGAUGUGGACUCGCUGGUGGUCGAGCACAUUCAAGUUAAUGCAGCUCCCAAGAUGAGAAGGAGAACCUACAGAGCACAUGGACGUAUAAAUCGUAAGUCACUGUUUAUUUUUAUUGUAAAUGCUUUGAAGCCAGGAGUCAUGUCAUAGGAAGUCAAGUACAAUUUUCUUGAGGAGCGUACAUCAUUGUACAGUAAGUCCUGAAUAAGGCUGUUAGUGACUGCUACUGAUGUUUUGACAACCAGUGCAGAAGCCAAAUGAAAGGCUCUGCUAGCAAGGUGAUUUGCCACAUUUGGAUUGUUAUUUCUUCAUGCCCAUCACUAUGUAAGUUACCUAUCCCCACAUAGUCAGUGAUGACUGUUGAGGCACCACAGAUGACUUGGUUAGAGUAGCCUGCAUAACUGGCGGGAUUACUGUAGUGUGGGAGUGUUGUAUUGUUUUUGCAGUGGAGCCACGAGAAGAGUGGGUACAAGCCAAUUUGAAAUCUGGGUAGCAUUCAAAACUCAUAAGAAAUGUGGCAGGUGGUAUUUUCCCUUGUGGUUCCGCCUCUCCUUUGGCAUAGUAGCUCGGCUUCCAGAACGUACCCCGGCCACAAGAAUGUGCCAGUUAUGCAGGGUAUAGGUACAGCAGUGGGGUAAUUUUAUAUGCUGUUUUCCUUGUUGAUUGCAGCGUACAUGAGUUCGCCAUGUCACAUAGAGAUGAUCUUGGCAGAACGCGAGCAAGUGGUGCCACGAGGAGAAGAUGAAGUUGAAGUUAAAAAAGUUUCCAAGAAGAAGAUGGCGCGAGAAAAGAUGAAGUCCAGGGAAUAG